AUGUUCUUGUCUCGCUUCGGUCCACGACUCGAGCACGCCGGGAUAUUGUUUUCCCGGCUCACCGGAAGCAGCUUUCCGUUAGACCGGUUGUCACUCCGGCGAAACCAUGCUGUAGGAACAUUAUGGGAUCCAAAGCCUCUUAACGCCAAGAUAACGUACCAUAUGAGAAAUGGUUUCGUUGAAGAAGCUCAGAAGAUCUUCGACCAAAUGUCCCACAGAAGUACCGUCACGUGGAAUUCCAUGAUCCGAGGGUACUUCGAGAACGGAAAGUUUGACCUGGCCGUCCAAUUAUUUGACGAAAUGCCCAAGCGUGACCUCUUCACUUAUAACACUAUGAUUGCGGGAUUGAUGCAAUAUGGUGACACCGAAGGUGCAGAGCAAAUUUUUGCCCAGAUGCCAUGUCGAGAUGUUGUUACUUGGAAUUCCAUGAUAGCAGGUUACGCCCGAAAUUCUUUGGUAAAGGAGGCCCUUCUGUUGUUCAAUCAAAUGCCGUCUCGAAAUGUGAUUUCAUGGAACCUGGUGAUGACGGGGCUUGUGAAUCUUGGAUCAAUUGAGCUAGCGGAAGAGCUGUUUAGGGAGAUGCCAACGCGAGAUGUGGCGUCAUGGACAAUCAUGAUAUCUGGGGUUGCAAGUGCAGGUCGGAUUGUCGAGGCCCGUGGACUGUUUGAAGAGAUGCCAGUAAAGGAUAUUCGAGCAUGGAAUACAAUGAUCGUUGGAUACAUACAAAAUGGCAAUACUGAAGUUGCUGAAGGGUUGUUUUGGAAAAUGCCAGAGCGGGAUAUGGAUUCUUGGAAUGAACUGAUAAAUGGGUUGUUGGGCAGUGAACGGAUAAAUGACGCCCUGAGAAUUUUUACCAAGAUGCCUUUUAAGGGCCCAAGACUGUGGAAUUCAAUCAUGUUGGGAUUGAUUAAAAGUGGACUUGUUGAAGAAGCUCAUGCAUUUUCUGAGAAAAACCCAUUUAAUGAUAUCAUCUCAUGGACAAACUUGAUUGUUGGGUAUUUUGAACUAGGAGAUGUUGGCACUGCAAUCAAGCUUUUUGAGUUGAUGCCUAGUAAGGAUGAAGCUGUAUGGAAUGCUACAAUCUUUGGAUUGGGAGAAAAUGAUCAUGGUGAGGAAGGGCUGAAAUAUUUUAUUAAAAUGAAAGAGAGAGGUCCACCCCCUGAUGAAGCUACCUUUACUAGUGUUCUGACCAUCAGUUCAGACUUGCCGUCCUUGGAUUUUGGAAAACAAUCUCAUACACAAAUAAUCAAAAUGGGCUUUGAUUGUUUUGUUGCAGUUUCCAAUGCAAUAGUUACCAUGUAUGCAAGAUGUGGGAGUCUGCAUUAUGCUUUGCUGGAAUUUUCUCACAUGCAAAAUCGUGAUACCAUUUCUUGGAAUGCCAUAAUCUGUGGGUUUGCACACCAUGGAUAUGGUAUGCAAGCCCUUGAGAUGUUCAAGAAGAUGCUGCUAAUGAAUGUAAAACCUGAUCAGAUAACUUUUGUUGGGGUUCUAUCAGCUUGUAGCCAUGCAGGUUUGAUAGAUGAAGGUUGGCACUUUUUUCACUUCAUGAGAUACAAGUGUUUUCUUCAGCCAACAUUUGAGCAUUAUACUUGUAUGGUUGAUUUGCUAGGGAGAUCUGGACUCAUAGAUGAGGCCAUGAGUUUUGUUGGUCAAAUGAAAGCAGAAGGAAUUGAAGUUAGUGCAAGCGUUUGGGGAGCUCUACUUGGAGCCUGUAGAAUCCAUGGGAAUAUUGAAAUAGGUGAGAUGGUUGGAGAGAAAAUUUUAGAAAUAGAGCCUUACAAUGCUGGUGUAUAUAUGAUUUUGGCAGAAAUGUAUCUGAUUAAUCGAAGGAAAGAAGAUGCAGAGAGGAUAUGGGUUAGGAUGAAGGAGAGGGGCUUGAAGAAGCAGCCUGGGUGUAGUUGGAUUGAAGUGAACAACACUGUGCAUGUAUUUCUUGCAGGAGAUUGUUCACAUCCUGAGUUUCAUAGUGUCUGUUGUGUUCUAAACUUCCUGAACAUGGUGAUUGAGAUUGAACUUGUAUGA